AUGGUUAACAUGAACAUCCUCGCCACCGUUACUCUUGCUGGCCUCGCUGCCGCAAAGACCGUUGAGGUCGUCGUCGCCGAGAAUGGCGGCCUUACCUUCACUCCAAACAAGAUCAAGGCCGAUGUCAACGACAUAGUCCACUUCAAGCUCGCCAAAAGCGGCCACGACAUCUCGUCUGGCCCAUUCGACAUGCCAUGCAAGCCCAGCGACAACUCACUCUACUCUGGCAAGCUCAAUGAGGGAGACGAGUUCUCCGUCAACAUCACCAACACCGACCCAAUCUGGCUCUACUGCUCCGUCAGCAAGCACUGUUCCAAGGGAAUGGUUGCUGUCAUCAACCCUCCAUCCAGCGGAAACACCAUUGAAGCCUACAAGCAGGCUGCUGCAGGUGCUGGAAACGGCCAGGCACCCUCGAGGGUCAACAAUGGAAGCAGCGGAAGCGGCACUCCCACCAGCGGCGGAGCUCCUGCUGCUACCAGCCCCAACGCUGCCUCCAGCUUGACGUUCAGCGGCGCUGCCACCCUCGUCGCGAUGGGCGCCUUCAGUUUCCUAGCUUCCUCUGUCUUCAUCCUUCUUCAUCCUUCGUCUCUUCUUCGUCUCUUCUUCUUCUCUUCUUCCCGCCAGUCAAAAAGCUCCAAACACGAACAUAUCUUACAUAAGCCAGACUUCCGCCAACGAAAUUUUCUUUCUUCAGCUUCUUUUUCUCGUCUUGAACUUUUCAACUUCUUUCAUUCUUCGUUGUGUGGAAGAGAUUCAUCAGCCAGCCAUGUCGAACAUAGCACCUCAAGUGCUCAGGCAUGCCUCCCGGGCGUGCUCGCGGCGCCUGUCGCUGUCAGCAAGCUUGGUCAGACCAGCAUACAGUGCCAGGACGGUCACGGGUUCCGGCUCUGGCGGGAGGAGAGGCACAAUGCCCAAGCCCAGACGACAGUUGAGUCUGCUGUCAAGACAGAGCAGAAGGCAUCGGUCCCAGGCACUGCUGUUACUGGCGAUACCCUGGCCAAUCCGUCUGCUGGUAUCUUGAAACAGGCUACAAUCAUGGAUGAAGGAAAUCGACCGAUAUAUCUGGACAUGCAAGCCACAACCCCUACUGAUCCCCGAGUUCUCGAUGCGAUGCUACCGUUCCUCACCGGACUCUAUGGUAACCCUCACUCGAGAACCCAUGCCUACGGCUGGGAGACUGAGAAGGCAACCGAGCAGGCUCGGUCACACGUUGCCACUCUCAUCGGGGCGGAUCCAAAGGAAAUCAUUUUCACCAGCGGGGCUACUGAGAGCAACAACAUGAGCAUCAAGGGUGUGGCUCGGUUCUUUGGCCGUUCAGGCAAGAAGAAACACAUCAUUACCACUCAGACGGAACACAAGUGCGUUCUCGACAGUUGCCGACAUCUGCAGGACGAGGGCUUCGAAGUGACCUAUCUGCCGGUUCAGAGUAAUGGUUUGAUCAAAAUCGAAGAUCUCGAGGCUGCCAUUCGACCUGAAACGGCGCUGGUUAGCAUCAUGACCGUUAACAACGAGAUUGGUGUCAUUCAACCCAUGAAAGAGAUUGGGGCCCUUUGUCGGUCAAAGAAGGUCUUCUUCCAUACUGACGCUGCCCAAGCUGUUGGAAAGAUACCCGUUGAUGUAAACGAAUGGAACGUUGACCUCAUGUCCAUUUCUGGCCACAAGUUGUAUGGACCCAAGGGAAUUGGAGCAUGCUACGUUCGACGUCGUCCUAGAGUUCGCAUCGACCCUCUCAUUACCGGCGGUGGCCAGGAGCGCGGAUUGCGCAGUGGAACUCUCGCUCCUCCCCUGGUCGUUGGAUUUGGUGAAGCCUGCCGGCUCGCCAAGGAAGAGAUGGAGGUACGUUAUAUUCUCUUCCCUUUUACACAUCCACCUUCACGAUUAUUAUACUGCCACGAGUUCUGCCUGAGAUGA